UUGACGUUUUAUGCUGUGCUUAUUUGAUCACAAUAAAAGGUAAACAACAACUGUUUACCAGUAAGCGACGCCGAAUAACCCGUGACUAUUAACUUUAUCCAGGGAUUAUUUAAACUUUCAAAUUAAGCUAUACACGUUGCUAGACCAGAAGUGCGUUGAAGAAUCUACGGGACUAUAGGGGACGAUUGUGGAAACCGAUUUGCCGGUAACAGAAUGCCAUAUGUCCUGGUAGAAACGAAUGACGCUGCCGGGAAUAAGGAGCUGCUCGCAGCACCAGCCACAUGGAUCCAACGACGCGGCAACGGAACGAGUUAUCUCCGGUGGCCGAAUGUUAGAAACUUUAACAUGCUAAACGCACUGCUUGCCGACGAUCGGAGUCAACCGAUGGCUGCCUGGGAAACGCACGAAUGCUCGAUCAAGUGUUCCAACAUUCAGUCCCUUGCGUUGGCGGGUAAAAUGAUAAAAACAUUGCAAAAACAUUGGAAUUCUUUUGGCACAUCCGCACACAAAAGGACUAUCGAGUCGAGCGAUGAUGUGACGGUGAGUCCCGUUUGUAAGAAAUCGCUCACCGAAUCCAGCGAUAGACAGCAGCAGCAGCAGCAACAGGUAGAAACAGUUUCGGAAGCUGAGCCGACAUUAACGUCUCUGGACGAUUUUGACGAACCGAAUGAACAACAGCUGAUCGGUAUGCUGGAUGAGCUCGGAAGUCUCGUCAAAAAAAGACAUGACGAGGCAAGGAAAAAAAUGCUCGACGGAUUCUAUCGUGUAGAAAAUAGCUUGAAAUCCAUAGUGAACGAGGCGGAACGGAGGGUUCAGGAAAGUGUUGCCCAACGUACGCCAUCCGCAAACGAUUUAGAGUUUUGCGUGAAUCCCCUAACCUGCACGGAAGAGAUGAAUGAUUUUGAAGAACGAUUGAAGGGCGAGGAAUAUCGGAAGCACGUGGAACGUUGGAUCGAUUGCACUAUCGGGUACGAGCUGAAUCCGGAAUAUCGCAUGCGGGUAAUACUGGAUGCAUUGUUCGAUAUGACAUUUCUCGCGAAAUUUAGCUGGACCGGAAGUGGUUUAGAUAAGAUUUCGUUCGGGAGGUACAACAACAUUGUAAAUUUGUUUAACUAUACCGGUACCACCGACACGCAUCUUGCCACACCGAGAUAUGUGGGACAAUUCUUCAAGAAAAAGUUAAAACAUCUUGCCUCCCAAAUAUCGAACAAAGAUGUAUCAAACUCGACGUCACCCAGUUCGUUCGGGAACUACGAAAACAAUUCCACGCAGCGAGCAGUAGAAAGUUUACGCGAAAUAACGGUAAAGGAUUCACCUAACGAGGUGAAGCGUUCGGACAAUCGCCCAACAGUCACACAGUUCCCGCCGGCACCUUUUAACUGCAUAGUGGAGGUGGAUGAGUUCGAAGCGCAGCUAAACGAUCCCGUCUACCUUAAACAGGUGCACAAAUGGAUAAAUGAACAGGUUGCCUACGAAGUCAACCCGGAAAUUCGUAUGAUGGAAAUUUUAUACAUGCUGUUCGACAACAACUUUUUGCCCUGCUUUACGUGGGUCGGUGCGAAGAAAGAUAGCUACGCGAUGAAGAAGUACAAAAAUGUGAUUAAACUGUUUCAGUACGUUGGCACCACGGUGGCACAUCGGGCGGAUUACGCCUGUGUGGAACAUUUUUUUACGAAGAAACUGAGAUAUGCCUGGAGAAGGGCAGACGAUUGGUCAUCCUCGCGUUGAGUUAAUAACGGUUGGGUAUGGAUAUUUUUUAAAUAAUUAUUUUAGUCAUCGUCUUUUGGCACUCCACAACCAGGAGAGGUCUUGCCCUGCCAUUUCUGGCUACGUUGACUUGAAUGUACACGUAGCUGAACAGCCGGCUGUCCUGCGUUUUCGUUGAUCGUCUAAAUGGGAUUCGAUGCCCGUUACUAUCGCGUGAAAGAUCAUCUUAACCAACUGUGGAUAGUCAGGGAUAUUGACGAUUUGAGUAGAUUUCUAAGACCAUUCCUAAUUUAAAUAAACUUUUUUCCAAAUUUUGAAACGUUUA